AUGGGAAACGACGCGGAAACUACGCCGCCAGCUGCUUCCGCAGCCGCGGAAGAGCAGAAGCCAGCCGAUGCCGCCCCGGCCGACGCGGCUCCCGCAGUAGAUGCUGCCGCUACGGAGGGGGAGGAAAAGAAACAGGAGGGGGAGGGAACGGAGAAGAAAGAGGGGGAGGGGGAGGCAGAGGGGGAGGGUGAUGGGGUUGCUAAGAAGGACGCGGACGAGCUUCAGCUGUACCCUCUUGCGGUGAAGGGACCCGCUGGGGAGGAGAUCGAAUUGCAGGCGAACCUAGCGGACACAGUGAUGGACUUGAAGCAGUCUCUGGCCGACGCUCCCGAGACGUGCUUCUAUACCGCUUACGACCUUGUCCUCGCCAACCCGGACUCCUCUUCUCUUUCUCCUCCCCCUCCCACCCCCCCCCCCCCCCCCUCCCCUCCCCCCCCGCUCCUCCCCCCCCCUUCGCCCCUCCCUCCUCCCCCUCCCUCCCACCCCCGCUCCCACUCGCCCUUUCAGGUGAACCUUGCCGAUACAGUGAUGGAUUUGAAGCAGUCCUGGCGGACGCCCCCGAGACGUGAUUCUAUACCGCGUCAACCCCGCAGACACAGUAAUGGACUUGAAACACUGGCCGACGCACCUGAGACUUGCUUCUAUACCGCGUUCCCUCUUUCGCCCGCUCCUCCUCCCCCCGUUUCCACCAAUCAGGUGAACCCAGCUGACACAGUAAUGGACUUGAAGCAGUUUCUGGCCGACGCGCCCGAGACGUGCUUCUAUACCGCGUACGACCUUAUCCUCACCAAGCCGGACGGGCUGCGUUACCACCUCAUGGAUUACGUGGAGAUUGGUGAGGUUGCUGACGUGGCGGCCGGCGGGUGCCUGCUGGAGAUGUUCAACACGUUCUACGACGACCGCGCCGUGCGGCUGCACGUGCGUAAAACGAGGGAGCUUAUAUCGAUGGCGGGUUCGUACUCUAGCGCGUCUACGGCCAUGGCGGCGGAAUAUGAGCUAGUUAAGGGGCUGGCUACUGAACGCGAGCUUGGGGGGGAUGAAAAGGAGGAGGGGGAGGGGAAGGACGGCGAGGGGGAGAAGGGGGAGAAAGACGGGGAGAAAGACGAGGAGGGCGGGGAGUGGAAGAAGAGCGGGAAGGGGAAGAAGGGGAAGGGGCGGCGGAGCAAGGAGGAGGAGGCGAAGGAGAAGGAGCGGCGGGAGAAGGAGAAGGAGCGGGAGCGCAAGGCGAAGCUUCCGAGCAGCAAGGCGCGCAUGGAGGAGAUCGCGUCGCUGGAGCAGGGCGUGGGGCUGGGCGAUGAUCCCAAGGGCGUGCUCGCGAAAGUCAUGGUGAAGGGCGGCGCUGACGAGGAGGCCGCGCCCGUGUGUGUGGAGAGCAUCGCCUUCUCUUCUUUCAACCCUGGGCGAGGACGGAUGGAUGGAGAGGAGAUGGCGUGGCUGGAGCAGGGCGUGGGGCUGGGCGAUGAUCCCAAGGGCGUGCUCGCCAAGGUGAUGGUGAAGGGCGGCGCUGACGAGGACGCCGCGCCCGUGUGCGUUGAGAGCAUCGCCUUCUCCUCCUUCAACCCUGUUCCGGGGCCCAGGAGGCUCCAAGGCGACCUGGUCUACCUGGAGGUGGUGACAGCGGAGGGAAAGCUCUUGCGUGACGGCGCACACAAGGGGCUCUUCUCAAUCCACACAUCUCUUUCCCCUCUCCACCGGUCUCAACCGCUGCAAGGCGACCUGGUCUACCUGGAGGUGGUGACAGCGGAGGGAAAGCUCUUGCGUGACGGCGCACACAAGGGGCUCUUCUCAAUCCACACAUCUCUUUCCCCUCUCCACCGGUCUCAACCGCUGCAAGGCGAUCUGGUGUAUCUGGAGGUGGUGACAGCGGAGGGAAAGCUCUUCUGUGUGACGGCGCACACGAGGGGCUUCUUUGUCAACCGCAGUGGCAGUCCCAGUGGCACACGUCUCAUAUCCCUUUCCACCACUUUCAACCGUUUCCCAUCCCCCUGCAGGCUCCAAGGCGAUCUCGUAUAUCUGGAGGUGGUGACAGUGGAAGGAAAGCUCUUCUGUUUGACGGCGCACACGAGGGGCUUCUUUGUCAACCGCAGUGGCAGUCCCAGCGAUCUGGUGUAUCUGGAGGUGGUGACAGCGGAGGGAAAGCUCUUCUGCGUGACGGCGCACACGAGGGGCUUCUUUGUCAACCGCAGUGGCAGCGGCCGCAAGCUGGACCCGCGCCCUGCUGAGCCCAAGAUGGACGCGUCCACUCUCAUCGGGCUGCUGCGCCAGAUCAGCCCGCUCUUCUCCAAAGCCUUUGCGGAGGUGAUCGAGCGCAAGGCCAACCGCCACCCGUUUGAGAACAUGCUGGCACCGCUGCCGCCCAACGACUGGGCGGCAAAGCCCAUCUGGGGCGGCGCGGACGGCACGGGGCCGCUACAGUAUACGCGUGACAUUAGAGAGGCGGAGCUGAAGCAGCAGGCGGAGGCGGAGGCUGCUAAGAAGGGGGAGGGGGAGGGUGGGGAGAAGAAGGAAGGGGGAGAGGAGGGGGGUAAGGAUGAGGAGAAAAAGGAGGGGGAGAAGGAAGAGGAGAAGAAGGUGGAAACGAAGGAGGAGAAGAAGGAGAAGAGGGACAAGAAGAAGAAGGAGAAGAAGGAUAAGAAGGAGAAGGAGAAGAAAGAGCAGGAGGCGGCAGAGGAGAAAAAGGCGGAGGAGGCAAAGGCAGAGGAGGCAGAUAAGAAGGAAGGGGAGAAGAAGGAAGGAGAGAAGGAAGGAGAGGAGGGGGAGAAGAAGGAAGGCGAGGAUGCAGCAGCAGCAGCAGCAGCAGCGGCAGUGACGGAGGCAGAGCAGGCAACGUAUGCAUCGUCCAACAACGACCUCAAGGGCACCAUGGCUGUCAACAAUGCGGACAUCCCCGGGCUAUACUCGCUGGCUAUGGCGAUCGUGGACUACCGCGGGCACCGAGUCAUCGCUCAGGGCACCAUGGCUGUGAACAACGCCGACAUCCCCGGGCUCUACUCGCUGGCCAUGGCCAUUGUGGACUACCGCGGGCACCGAGUCAUCGCUCAGAGCAUCAUCCCGGGCAUUCUCUACGGCGACCGCACGACUCAGAUGCUGUACGGGUCGGUGGACACAGGCAAGACCAUCAAGUGGAGCGACUCGUUCCACCCCAAGGUGGCUGAGCUGGGUAAGGCGCUGCACCUGAAGGAGCACAAGGUGACGGACGGAGAGGGCAAGGAGGCGACUCUGUGCUCGCCUGUGGAGACCAAGGGCAUUCUGGGCAGCGAUGACAGGUGCGUGUGGGAAAAGAUGUUGACAGGGGGUGAGGGAAUGUGGAUUAGACCCACGAGUCCUGGGCGGACGGGGAGGGCAAGGAGGCCACUCUGUGCUCGCCUGUGGAGACGAAGGGCAUUCUGGGCAGCGAUGACAGGUGCGUGGUGGAGAGUGGUGGGGAGGGGUGAUGGGUUUUGGGGAGGGAUUGACGAGAAGGUGAGGUUUGUGGGGGCAGGGGAGUGCUGGUCUGACUGUAUGGCUGAGGGCAAGGAGGCGACUCUGUGCUCGCCUGUGGAGACCAAGGGCAUUCUGGGCAGCGAUGACAGGAAAUACCUGUUGGAUCUGAUCCGCCUCACUCCCCGCGACGCCAAUUUCACCGCCACCACCACCAGCACCACCACCACUGCCACCGGUAGCGACGGCACUGAUACCAACACCACUGCCAACGCUGCCAACGCUGCCAAUGCUGCUAACCGCCUGGCGAUUCUCCGUCCUGAGCUGGUGGAGAAGUUCUGCCGGGAGGAGCAGGUGGAGCGGUGGAUGGCUCAGAAGGGCGUGAGCGAGCGGCCGAGUGCAGAGGAGGUGGAGGCAUUAAAGGAGAAGGGAGAGCUGCCUGACGUGCUGUUCAACCCGAAUGCGCUGACAGAAUUCAAGCUGGCCGAUGAUUCCAAGGAGGUGGAGGCGCUGAGGGAGAAGGGCGAGCUGCCUGACGUGCUGUUCAACCCGAACGCGCUGACAGAAUUCAAGCUGGCGGAUGAUUCCAAGGUGUUGAGUGCAGAGGAGGUGGAGGCGCUGAGGGAGAAGGGCGAGCUUCCUGACGUGCUGUUUAACCCGAAUGCGCUGACAGAAUUUAAGCUGGCCGAUGAUCACAAGGAGGUGGAGGAGGAUGAAGCAGUAGUGCGCAAGGCGGGCAAAUACCUGAUCGAUACAGCACUGCCAGCACUGGUGGCGGAUAUCAAGAGCUCUGAGGGGUGGCCCGUGGACGGCCGCUCGCUUGCCAGCACCAUGCACGCACAUGGCGUCAACCUGCGCUACCUGGGCCGGGUGGCGAAGGAGGUGGCUGACGUGGAGCAGGUGUAUUGGCUGUGCGUGGCGGAGAUGGUAGUACGGGCCACCAAGCACGUGCUCAAGGCUGUGCUGCACGAGACGCUCGAGCAGGACGUGGCGAAGGAGGUGGCUGACGUGGAGCAGGUGUACUGGCUGUGCGUGGCGGAGAUGGUGGUGAGGGCCACCAAGCACGUGCUCAAGGCUGUGCUGCGCGAGACGCUCGAGCAGGACGUGGCCGGCGCCAUCGCACACUUCCUCAACUGCUUCCUCGGCACCUCCACCACCACGCCGCCGCCCACGCUCCCCGGCGUCGGGGAUACGGACAAAACUGAGGGCGGCGCGGCGGGCGGCGGGGGGAAGAAGAAGAAGAAGGGGAAGGGGGGAGAGAAGAAGGAUGGGGAGGAGAGGAAGGAGGAGGGGGAAGAGAAGAAGGAGGCGUUUCUGUUUGUGGUGGAUGUGCCGGGGUAUACUCGUAUCACGGCGGAUAUGGUGUGGUCUGAUAUCACUGAAGGCGUCAAGUACAAGUAUCAGUUCGAAAUCCCUUCUGAGACGCGCAAGAUGGUUCGCAGCCUCGCCACCCUCCGCAACAUCUGCCUCAAGAUGGGCAUCGUCCUGGCAGCCAGGGAUUACAACCUGGAGUGUGACGUGCCGAUCGCCAUAGCAGAUGUGUGCGACCUGCUGCCCCAAGUCAAGUUCGCUUCUCCCGCCUGCAGCGACGCGCAGAAGCUGCUGGAGAAGGGCAAGAGCCUCGUGCACAAGGUCGGCUUGCCUCUGCGCCCGCGCUUCUCCGCCACGCCUCAGAGCGGGCAGUGGCUGCGGGAGCACGAGACAACCCUCAACUCGGCGUUUGAGAUCCUCAGCGAGGCCUACCAGAUCCUGCAGCAGGUGUGCGGGCCACUUCAUCUGGACGUUGCAGCAUGCUGCAGGUACCUGGCUCUGAUCUUCUACCACGCAGGAGAGACAGGCAAUGCCAUUCUGCAGCAGCACCGCGAGCUGAUUAUCAACGAGCGGGUUGUGGGGACGGACCACCCCGACACCGUGCACAGCUACGGCAACAUGGCUCUCUACUUCCACGCCAUGGGCGAGUCUGAGCUUGCCCUGCGUCACUUCAAGCGCACCCUGCAGCUGCUCUCGCUCUCAGCUGGCAACGACCACCCGGAGGUGGCCUCGCUGUUCGUCAACAUCGCUCUCACCUACCAGGACAUGGGCAAGUUGCAGAACGCAAUGAAGUACCUGCAGGAGGCGGUGCGAGUGAGUGAGAAGCUGCUGGGGGAGAAUCACGUGCAGGUGGCCGUGUGUCACCACGCUCUCGCCCUCGCCUUCUCGUCUAUGGGGGCGUUCAAGCUCGCUCUACAGGAGGAGCGCAAGGCACAGGCGGUGUUUGAGAAGGCGGUGGGGAAGGAGGACCCGCGCACCAAGGAGUCAGAGCAGUGGGUGCAGUCGUUCCUCGACCGCGAGCUCAGGGCGCAAAAGCAGAAGGUGGGGCAAUCAUCAGCAACAGUCCAGCAGCAACAAGCAGCAGCUCUCCGUGUGGCCGAAGCUCUCAAGCAACGGCCGGAGCUGCUUCAGGUGUUGCAGGCAGCAGCAGCGCCCGGAGCAGGAGGCUCCACCUCGUACCAGCGUGCCGUGGCUGACGCUCUGCUUCGGGGAGAGGUCCCCCCACCUGCUCCCGGAGCUGGUGCAGGCAGGUUCGGCGGAGGCAUGGGAGCUACAGGCUCCUCAGGCACUGGCAUUCGAGCCAGAGGUGUGGACGAGCGGGCUUCCAGGGCUGCUGCAGAGGCUCGGCGGAAAGCAGCGGCUCGGGGGGUGAACCUGCGAGGAGCUGCAGGUUCGGCAGGUGCCCGAGCCGGUGCACCCAGUGCAAUGGACAUGGAAGAAAUGAUUAAUUUCAUCAAUAGCACGUCACCAGCUUCUGGUGCGGCUAGCUCUUCCGCUAGCAAGACAGGCUCGGCAGCUGCUCCGGCAGCUGGCUCGGCAGGUGGUUCGGCGGCGCCUGCUGGGCUUGGCGGUGUGGGCCUUGGUGUUGGUGUUGGUGCUGUCUCAGGAGCUCCGCCUCCCACGAAAGCUGGAGGAAAGAAAGGUGCGGGAGCAGCAGCGGCAGCAAGCAAGCCUGCAGCUACGGCAAAUGGAGAAGCAAGUCAAGGGGAUGCUCCUCUGGGUCUGGGGGGGGGGCUUGCUCCCUUGCCUGGUGGCAAGGAGACCCUUUUUCCCGCCAAGACCGAGGCCGGUAUCCAGGUCGGCAACGCCUGCUGGGAGCUCUACUGCCUGGAGCAUGGCAUCCAGCCUGAUGGCCAGCUUAUGACCGGCGAGAAGACCUGCGGAGGAGGCGACGACGCCUUCAACACCUUCUUCAGCGAGACUGGCGCUGGCAAGCACGUCCCUCGUGCUGUGUUCCUCGAUCUGGAGCCGACUGUGAUUGACGAGGUCAGGACCGGUGCCUACAGGCAGCUGUUCCACCCCGAGCAGCUCAUCUCCGGCAAGGAGGAUGCUGCCAACAACUUCGCCCGUGGUCACUACACCAUUGGCAAGGAGAUCGUUGACCUCUGCCUUGACCGCAUCCGCAAGCUUGCCGACAACUGCACUGGUCUCCAGGGCUUCCUGGUCUUCAACGCCGUCGGCGGUGGUACCGGCUCCGGUCUCGGUUCCCUCCUCCUGGAGCGUCUGUCCGUGGACUACGGCAAGAAGUCCAAGCUCGGCUUCACGGUCUACCCGUCUCCUCAGGUGUCGACCUCCGUGGUUGAGCCGUACAACUCCGUGCUCUCCACCCACUCGCUCCUGGAGCACACCGAUGUCGCUGUUCUCCUCGACAACGAGGCCAUCUACGACAUCUGCCGCCGCUCCCUGGACAUCGAGCGUCCCACCUACACGAACCUGAACCGUCUCGUGUCUCAGGUCAUUUCCUCCCUGACUGCCUCCCUCCGCUUCGACGGCGCUCUGAACGUCGACGUGACCGAGUUCCAGACCAACCUGGUGCCCUACCCUCGCAUCCACUUCAUGUUGUCCUCCUACGCUCCGGUCAUCUCCGCCGAGAAGGCUUACCACGAGCAGCUGUCCGUGGCUGAGAUCACCAACAGCGCGUUCGAGCCUUCCAGCAUGAUGGCCAAGUGCGAUCCUCGCCACGGCAAGUACAUGGCCUGCUGCCUGAUGUUCCGUGGUGACGUCGUCCCCAAGGAUGUCAACGCCGCCGUUGCUACCAUCAAGACCAAGAGGACCAUCCAGUUCGUCGACUGGUGCCCAACUGGGUUCAAGUGCGGUAUCAACUACCAGCCUCCCACCGUGGUGCCUGGUGGCGAUCUCGCCAAGGUGCAGCGUGCCGUGUGCAUGAUCUCCAACUCCACCUCCGUGGCGGAGGUCUUCAGCCGGAUUGACCACAAGUUCGACCUCAUGUACGCAAAGCGUGCAUUCGUUCACUGGUAUGUCGGCGAGGGCAUGGAGGAGGGCGAGUUCUCGGAGGCCCGUGAGGACCUGGCUGCGCUGGAGAAGGAUUACGAGGAAGUCGGGGCUGACUCCACCGAGCCUGGUGAUGAUGAGAACGAGGAGUACUAG